AUGCCGCUCUGUCUCACCUUCAUCGACUUAAAGAAGGCCUUCGACUCAGUUGAGACGGAAGCGGUCGUGGAAGCCUUGGACAACCAAGGCGUCCCUACUCAGUACAUAAAGGUACUUCGAGAGUUGUACACCACCCUCGAGAACGCAAUGCGAAAGUUGGAAUGGGGCGACAUGGGAGUGAAGGUUGAUGGUCGGCAGCUACACCAUUUGCGCUUUGCUGAUGACAUCGUACUGGUAACACCUAGCAUCAGCCAAGCGGAACGAAUGCUGGCCGAAUUCGACGAAACAUGUGGAUGCAUCGGUCUUCAGCUGAAUCUACAAAAGACGAUGUUCAUGCGGAACGGAUGGGUCUCGGAUGCCCCAUUCACGCUCAACGGCACGAACAUAUCCGAAUGCACCAGCUACGUUUAUCUGGGUCGGGAACUGAACAUGAUGAACGACCUGACCCCUGAGCUGGGCAGGAGGAGACGAGCGGCUUGGGGAGCGUACAAGAACAUCGAGGAUGUAGUGAAGAAGACCAGGAACACCCGGCUCCGUGCUCACCUCUUCAACACCACCGUACUUCCUGCUUUGACCUAUGCUUCGGAAACCUGGGCAUUUCGCAAGCAGGAAGAAAACGCAGUGAGCGUCAUUGAACGCGCAAUUGAGAGAGUGAUGCUAGGGGUAUCCCGUUUCACGCAAUUGAGGGACGGGAUUCGAAGUUCUCUCCUACGUCAGCGAUCGAAGAUUAGAGACGCCGCCGCGUUUGCCAAGGAAAGUAAAAUAAGGUUGGCCGGACACGUGAUGCGCUUUAACGACAACCGUUGGACCAGAGCCGUGAGCGACUGGGUUCCACGCGAUAUUAAGCGCACUACAGGAAGACCGCCGACCCGAUGGUCAGAUUUCUUCACGAAGUCCUUGAAAGAAAAAUAUGAUGCUCUUCGUGUCCCACGCGAAAGGAGGAACCACUGGGCUACUCUGGCACGCGAUCGGGACAAAUGGAAGAAUUACUGGCGCCCGCUCGACCAGUUCGAAGAUCAACGGGAGUCAAGUGCGGACUCAAAUGACACUUUAUGCUCAGUACGUAGAAACACAUAUACAAAUAAUGUGAAUGUGAUGAUAUCAUCUACCCACAGACUUGUGCGGGUCUUGCUCAGGAUAUUCCCCUCACUCAUCUUAAUCAAUGGGUACGAAGUACGAUCCGUGAAUACUGCAUGGGGGGUUGUGAAAGGAGAAAUUGUGAAUCCAGAUGGUGGCGAUCUAGCUCCAGUUACGCAGUUUCUUGGUGUACCUUAUGGUGUGGCCCCAUCUGGACAGUUCCGUUUCAACAUGGCUAUAUCGGCGGCAAAAUGGACCCAUUUACCGAAAGAAGCAAGAAAACUUGCUCCAGCAUGCAUUCAGACACAACUGCCUGAGCUCAGCGAAGCGAGAGCUUUCAAGCAAAUGUCUGCUCAACGAUUUGACUAUGUUCAUCGCCUGCUUCCUAAGCUGAAAUAUCAAUCAGAGGACUGCUUAUACAUGAAUCUUUUCGUACCCGAACAACUUGAAAACUCACAACGAGAAUCCUCACUUCCUGUACUUGUUGUCGUACAUGGUGACGAAUAUGGAUGGAAUGCUGGAAGUCCAUACAACGGUAGCAUCCUCGCAUCACAUGGACAAAUCGUUGUUGUUACGCUCAAUUAUCGCUUAGGUGUAUUUGGAUUUCUCGGAAGAUGCGAAUUUUCGUCGUGUUCUGGAAACAGCGGCAUUUCGGAUUUGGUGUCAGCGCUAACGAUGUUAAACGUGAUACUGCCAUCAUUUGGAGGAAAUCCGAAGGCUGUCACAUUACUAGGUUGGGGGUCAGGAGCAUCACUGGUGUCCCUCCUGAUGGCAUCUCCGCUGACACAACCGGGUCGGCGUUUAUUUCGACGAGCGAUACUGCUCGAUGGAACAGCACUGGCACCAUGGGCUAUGGCCCAUAAUCCACAACAAUAUUUUGGCCAAGUCGCCGAAAAUCUGGGGUGUCUUUCACGGAAUCGCUCCUCCACUUUCAACGAAAAUGUAGAUACUACGUUACGGUGUAUGCAGGAUCAUCCUGCAGAUAAUGUCACAAAAGCCGUACAAGCGAUCGAAAUUCCGACGUUUUUGAGUGGUUUUGCACCGAUUGUGGACGGACAGCUGAUUCCGAACUCUCCACGCAUCUCUUUCUCUCCACAAUAUGGAUCGCUUUUCCGAGAAAUUGAUCUUCUUGUGGGAUUUUCUUCACAUCCAGCCCACUACUUGCUGUCAAAUGAAGAUCUUAAGUCCGGUCUAUCAAAAGAAAGGAGACAAAAAAUUUUCAGAACGCUUGUGCGGAACUUGUACGAGUAUCAUCGGUCAGAAUUGUUAGCAGCAAUAACCAACGAAUAUACCGAUUGGGAAAAUCCUCGUGUAAGUCUAUUUGCCAAUAUAGGUGUUGUUUUCGUGAGAAACUUCACCAUUGCUACAGUCCUCAAUGAUUAA